AUGUCGCGCCUCUCAAGGGCCAAUCUACGCGCACGAGACUCUAUCUUUGCCGGAAGUCAAGACCAUCACCGUGUUGAUGUUGUCCAAAGAUGCCCUGCCUAUAUCACUGAAUGCGUUGCCAAUCUUGAGGAUAGUUGCGAAGAGCUUCAUGCUGCUCAGGAGUACCUGAGGCAAGGCACCGAGGACAUGCCCCGAAUGCAGAAGGUCCUUGCAAGCACGCGCGUAUUCCAUCUCAUCGACGAGGGCACCGUCAAGCGAUACAAGAAGGAUGUCGCGGACGAGCUCGAACCAGCGCUGAAUGAACUCUUGGAACGAGCAGAACGGGCUCUGAGCGACCUACUGCGCUCAGUAACAGUUCUUCAGGCCAAAGUCGAGGAGGCGCAGAGCAAGCCACCUGUGGCUGCCUCUGCCGGUCAGAAGCUCGAAGCGCGUCGCCUUCAAGUGCUCAAGAAACAAAGGGAACGCCUCGAGCAAGAGCUGCACAACCUUGAAUCGGAGGAGUCGCGCACAGUUCGCAAGCGUCUUCCCUGA